UUAGGAGCCUGCAAGCCAACACUUGCACAGAAACGGAAUUGUGGUAUUGAUCGUUUUACAACAUGAUACAAUAUAUUAGUCUCUUAUUUUCAACCUUGAUUCUCAACACAUUUUCUUCCUUCGCUCCUGCUAUCCCACUUAAUCACGGUUGCGCUUCAGCUCCAGAUGACCAACUCCCUGAGGAAACAGAGAAGGAAGGGAAGACAGGAGAGGUGCUGGUCUGCUGUUAAGACUGAGGAUGUCUCUGGGUCAGACUCCAGUUGGUGCUGCAGACUGUGUCAGCGCUGCUUCAGUUCCUCCUGGCAGCUGACGGGACACUGUUGUACUGGCAUCGCGGGGGAGGACCGGGUCGCCCACGGCCACAAGGUCAAACUGGAGUUCCAGUGCCCAGUGUGUGGCGACCGCUUCAUCCACGCCUUCAUCAUGCACAAGCGCAGUCACAUGGGCCAGUCCCAGUACGUCUGGGGUCCGUGGACGGACGCUCAAGAGCCUGUGCAUGCUGCCCUCCCACAAGUGCUCACACUUGUGCCGCGGGACUGUGGCUGAACGACAGCAGUGCCAUGACUGCAGCCAGAGCUUCUGCAACCUGCUGGCACUCAGAAGCCACCGGGAGGGACAGCACGGAGAGGAGAGGAACUGGGAGGAUGAGGAGGACAGUGCGGUGAGAGAGGAAGAGGAGGGAAGCACUGCAGUAAUCUCUAAUGAUUCAACCAGAGUUUCAGUAGCCCAGCCUCCCCAGUCUCCUCAGUGCCACCAGUGUUUCAUGACCUUUCAGGAUGCAGAGACAGAAGAGAGGCAUUUACGCUUCAAGCACCCAGUGAAGUAUGAGAGACAUCUCAGAGGUCGCACAGUGUUUGCCUGCUGUGUCUGCGACCGAACAUUCCCCUCCUCCCGCCUGCUCUCAGCUCACCAACGCACCCACAGCAAGUGGAAUCUGCCCCCUACUGGACCAGAAGACUCUCCAAGAAAGCACAGAUGGAGGAGAGGCUGAGGGGUCAGCCAUAGUAGUACGGCACCCCUGGAGCAAAUAGGGGUCAACUGUCUUGCUCAAGGACACAUCGACAGAUCUUUCACCGUGUCGGCAUGUUAUUUCAGGUAUAGACAAUGAAAAAAACAGAGCUGGUCCAAUGAGCUGUGAGCACUGUCAUAUCAUCUUCAAUGACCCUCGAACCUGGGAACUUCACAUGAUGGCCAAGCACCCCCCCCCCAUCCCUGUCGACACCUACUUCACCAGGGAAUGCCUACCUGACUUCUAGACCUGCCAGGGGUCAACUACGACCCUAUCGCUGCUCAUCCUGUGGAGAGAGAUUCAUACAGGAGGGCCUUGACUAACUUUAUACCAAGUUGUUUAAUGAAGAAAUUACGUGUAACUUAGUAUAAAUCAAAUAUAAUUUCAUUGUAGGCCUUCGUGUCAUCCCUUAUGCCAACUUUCUCCAACACCAACAGAAUCCUCACAAAAUAUAUUUUGAAUUCAUAUCUCUUCUAGGGCUGUGAUGAUACCAGUGUCGCAAUAUUUUUUCCAUGGCAAAAAUGAAAACAUGAAGCAGAACAGACUCUUUGGUCCUUUUAUUUUCCAAGCUAUAGGUUAGAAAUAAAUACAUAUGAUUCUGGAUAAAAAACCUAAUGGUGUUUGUUUCCAACUUCAAGGCUGUUUCCCCAAAGAAGUUAAAUCCACUUCGUGUUUUGUUUCCUUGCCACGAUACUGGUACCUUCCUGGCCCUAACAUCUUGAAAAGCACCCGUUUCAAAAUGGAGUAGUUUUCAAAAUAAAAGCCUGACCAUAUUUAUUAGAGAUUCACAUAAAAAAAAAAAAAUUCUCCUGUACCCUGAUUUAAGAUGAAAACAGACCAAACCAGCUUUUGAUCAUUUUGAUAGCAAUAAUGUCUACUAUGACAUGUAAACUACAUAAACAAAAGUAUGUGAACACCUGCUCAUCGAACAUCUCAUCCAAAAUCAUGGAUAUUAAUAUGGAAUUGGUCCCCUCUUUACUGCUAUAAC